AUGGCAAGGCUCAACACAGCCAAUCCGCUGGUCAAGAACACUCCUCGGAAAGAGACUGGCGCACAUACCCUAGGUAUAACCCAUAAAAGUCCUCUGUCUAAAGAGCCAUGUUUCAAUUUCAGGAACACAGCCAAGCAAAACAUGCCCAUCAAGCCACAAAGCCAGUCGCAACGGCAAGGAAAUGGCUCAAGUGGAUCAUUCCAUAUAUUCCCCGAUAGCGAUUCGACAUCGGAGGGUGAAUUUGGACAGCAGAAGUCCACUGGGAAGCAGCAAAAGCAAAGAACUUUGGGACUCGCACGUGUGAAUUCGUUACUUCUACCAGCAAAGCGGAGACCCCGACCAGCCAUUCAAAGGGAGACUGAAGAUUACGAUAAGGAGAACGACGUGCCAGAAUACCCCACAGAUGGAUAUCGAACUCCUGAUUUGACACCAACAAGAGCAAGUGCCUUACAGGCUCCUACAAGAAGUAGGAUGGAUUAUAUGGCGGCGGCACAGCCAGUGAUCAACCGACAAGAAGAGCAAGAGGAGCCAGAAAUCAGCUCCGAAGAAGGAGAUAGCUCCGACUCACUAGACGGCUUCAUUGUCAGUGACAAUGACGAACCUAGCUUCUUCGAGACAUCGGAUUCCGAGACAGCCAACACAGACGGCGAACCUAGCCCGGCUCCGUCGCCUGUCACAUCACCAACCAGGUCUCCAAGAAAAAGACUCUUACGCGGAAGAAGACCAGUAUCACAACCGGCAUCAAACACUACUGCAGAAGAGGAGCCACCAAAGGAAGCGACGAGGUUGGCGGUAGAGCCGGGCCGAAUUGAGAAAUCAAUGACAACCGUCCCAACACCUGAAGACUGCACACUCAAUCUUGCAACCAGCUCUAAUACUACAUCCCCCGUCAAUAGGGCAGAAACACCCAGACCACAGGGUAAUUCAAGCUGUUCUCCACAUUUCAGCCUCCACAACUCCAAUGACCUCAUCCGACACCUCGAGGAUCUUGAUCUCGAUAGCGAGAAUGAGUAUACCCCGCAAAACCACCCAGAACAGUUCAACUCAGAACCAGAGGAUGAACGGCCACCAAAACUUCACCCAAGCCACACAAAACAAUCACCACUGACUCCAUCCACUGAUAGCUCGCCAGGGAAGGGCAUUCCCACCACCAUCAGGGCCCAGAAAAAGGCCGAGGCGGCGCGGAAGCGCGAGAUUCGAGCCCAAGUGGCCGAGUUCAACGAAAAGAAACUUGGCUUUGCCGAAGAGUUCCUUCGACACCUUGACAAUGCAUUCAACAGCCAGAUCUCUAGCAUGACUAAGGAAACCGGCGGCAUCAAAAUCAUAUGGACAAAGAAUUUUAGAAACACUGCCGGGCGGGCAACCGUACGUUCGGAAAGGUUUCUAAAAGGAGUAGCAAAUCUGGAAGAACCCGGAAAACGGCGUUACUAUGCCACCAUCGAGCUCUCCGAGAAAGUCCUGGACAGCGAGGAUAAGAUCCUCUGCACUUUGACACAUGAGUAUUGUCACCUCCUCGAUAUUUUGGUCACCGAAAACAGGGCCAAAGGUACAGCACAGCACGGUGCCAGCUUCAAGCAAUGGGGCGACCGGUGUGUCCGCGCACUGGAAGGCCACCCUACUUACGGGGGCCGGGUCAAGGUUACGACUAAACAUAGCUAUGAGAUCAACCACAAAUAUGUCUGGGCAUGCAAAGCCGAGGGCUGUGAUUUCAAGGUCGGGCGACACUCGAAGAGUGUUGACCCAAAGCGUCAGUUCUGCGGCCGUUGCAGAGGCUGUCUCGAGCAAAUUAAGCCAGUGCCGAGGGUUGUAGCGCCGAGGGGGCCUGUUGCAAAGGCGAUGGUCGACAAGAGAGAGAUUGUGGUCAUUGAUCCUUGA